AUGGAGGCGAUCAAAAAUGGAUUGCACAGGGGAAGAGGUAUAUUUUCAAUUUUACAUAAAAGAACUUUAUGCGAACUAUUUAAUUAUUACGUGCAGCUGAAGAAAGCGAACGUUUUUCAACUUAAUAUUUUAAUUCCACUAAUAAAAAUGCUGGACAUUUAUAAAAAGACCAGCCACGAACUUAGUCCAGAUGAAUUUUGCAUUAUUUUGUUCACCGGAGAAGAACCGACUAAAAAGUGUCAAAUUAAAUAUAAUAUGGUUAAGAAAUAUUGCAGUCAUCCAGAUGAAUUUAAGAAUCUACCAACUUCGAUUCAAAAUAUUAUAAUCGAUUUGUUUAUGAAUAUUAUUCGUUACGAAAAUUUCUUAGAGGGUGUGAGCAAAAAUUUUUUGGAAAAACGACAUCGUUACCAUUGUGACAAAUUACAUGAAGUUAUGGUGCUCAUAUACAUCCUCGCGUACAGAAUAUUUAAUUUAUUCUUCGAAGAAUCCAUUGAUUGUUUCGAUUACUUCAAAAUGAAGAAAAUGCUGUUCAUGGUUUCGUAUCUGCUUUACUCGGAAACAUCAAAUCUUUUCCAUAAACUCGGUUGCCUGGAAUUUGACGAAGAUUUUGUGGAGCGAACGCUGAUUUUGCCAUUUAUGGAAGCGACUUCGUGUUUAGAGAAACUUCGUGAAAACAUAAAAGAGACGAUUGAGAAACGAAAACAGCCAAAGAAAAUUACAAUUCCCGUCUUCAUGAAUGUUUUGAAUCAUCCAAAACGACGCACGGGAGUACCUCCGGCUACACCGGAACCGGUUGAAGUUAAACAGACUGCAGCUUCCAUAUUAAGAGAGUGUGCACGCGUGAUAUCCGACGAAGAAAAGGAGAUCAAAAAAUUGAAAGAGUUAUCAGAGGGAGGAUUUGAUCCGUCUUCCAUUGCGCGAUUCGAACAAGAGGAGCGUCAACGGAAGAGAGUCGAAGAAUCAUCGAAGAUACAAGAGAAACACUUGUUGGCGCUGAUUAGUCGCGAGGGUGCGUUUAUUGCGAAGCAAUCACUGCUGGACGAUAUUAAGCAACAUGCUGAAAGUGUGCGAAAAGAGAAACAGGAACUAAAUGAGAAGCUGGGGAAAUGGAGGGAAAAACAUGUGAAGGAAAUGGCAGAAAUCUUCGAACGGUGCCGUGAAAUCCAGCAAGCUUCCCGUGAUGCUUUGAACGCCAUGGUCGAUGAAAAACGGCAAAAAGCCGCAGAAGUUUCUCAAGAAUCACGUCAGUUGAGAGCACAGAUGAUCAAGCAAAAACAGAAAGAGGUUCAGAGGAAGAUCAAGUUGAUUCAAGAAAUUAAAGCCAUUCAGUCGUUGCGAUCGUUCGCUUGCAAAGUCUUCGAUCCCACAGAAUCCAGGGGCUUGGGUCUUCUUUGCGAAAUGUCGUACGCAGAGUUAAAAGAGAGGCUGUUCUGGAUGAAGAUGAAGCUCAACGAGGAGAUCGAGAAUCGCAAAGUUAUCGUUCACGAACAACGCGAAAAACAGAAAACUAUGAUUGAAGACACUCGUAAAGCACUCGAGGAUUAUAAAGUCAGCAAGCGACUCACCUCGUCGUCGAAGUCCCAGCGACCACCUGUGUCAAUGAUUACCUCUCCGGAAGUGAUCGCGUUACGAAGACAAUUGGAAGAACGUAAAGCCGCCAGGCUGCAAAAGGAAAUUGCAACUCGUUCGAAGUGAUCGGCUGCACGUGAUCUCAAUGACUUGCCGCUGAAUCUUACAUGCAACCGGUUACGAAAUAAUUGCAGCAACGUGUGAGACCGUUCGUUGAAACCCUCGUUACGCUUUUUCGCUGAUAACACUACAAUGCAGCUUUCACGUCUUGAGAAACGUCCGUCCAGCUGAAAGUGCAGAGGGGCAAGGAGAGUCGGCCGCACGCUCCACCUCGGUCUGUCCAGGAAAAAUAACAGCCGAACCUCCGUCCAGUGCGGUCAAACGCUCCUUUUCUGGACAAAAUCCAAUAACUUAACACUAAACGUACCGCAACCGGUCAAACGACCGGUUUUCAAAUUUUCUUAAAAAUUCUGCGUUUUCGUUCGUUCAUGUAACUUUAUAUGAAUUUCUAUAUUAUCCCAUUAAUCAGUUGUUGAAUUUUUGCCUUUCAUUUUGUUUCUUUCAUUAAGAAAAAUUUAUCGUCUAAUUUGUUUACCUUUAUUUUUCAUGUGACUUUCUGAUUAAACUUCAAUUUCUUUAAACUUUAAUUGAAAUGGUAAAUUUUGCACUGGGAAACCUGCAUCGAUAGAAACGUUGAUUUUUCUUUUUUGAUGAGGAUUUUUUAUGAAAUUUGUAUUUCUCAAGUGUUCGUCGAUCGCAAAUUAAUUUAAUUUAAUUGUCAUUUGCAACUUGGUUUGUCUAUAGAUUCACUGAAAUGGUGCGAAUUGAAUUUUUAAAUGUGUUUCUUGGAUUUAGUUGUGAAAUUAGGUAAAUCUUUGUAUUCAAAGUGGAAAGGUACUAUCCCAGAUUUUUAUUUUAAGACGUAAAUGAUGUAUUACUAUUUUAGGUUGGCUCGUUUUAUAGAUACAAGGUUUUCCGUGCACGAAUAAAUCGAUGAUUAUUUAAUAGAGAAUGUAUGAUGCAAGAGGGUUACAUCAUUUAUCACGUGUCUAUCUAUAAAAGUCGUUUUCAUUAAACAAAACGGAAUAUGUUUCAGUAGCUCGGCGAUUCAGCAACAUAGUAUUUCUAAAUAUUAAUUUUCUUAAUCAUGAUG